CGCCUCCUUCCCAUGGGCAUCGCACGAAUCGCGAGCCAAUACAGUCCACCACCGAUCCGGAAUCCUCUAGGCUCGCUCCGCCGCUCCCUCCACAGAGGCCACCGAAGCCUCCAUUCCCCGCCAGAUCCGAGCAGGACGACGGCGAGGAUGACGGGGGGCGGGGGUGCGGCGUCGCAGGCGUACGGGGAGGCGUGGUACUGGGACGAGCGGUACCGCAAGGAGGCCGGACCCUUCGACUGGUACCAGAAGUACCCCGCGCUCGCGCCCCUGCUCAGGCUCUACCUGGCCCCGCACCGCCGGCUACUCCUCGUCGGGUGCGGCAACUCCGUCUUUGGUGAAAACAUGGUUGAUGAUGGUUAUCAAGACAUUGUCAACAUCGAUAUAUCUUCGGUGGUAAUUGAACAAAUGAAAAAGAAAUACCAUGAUAAGCAUCAACUUAAAUAUAUGAAGAUGGAUGUAAAGAACAUGUCAGAUUUUGAGUCUGGUUCAUUUGAUGGUGUUAUUGACAAAGGAACACUGGAUUCUAUUAUGUGCGGCCAAAAUUCACAAGAGAAUGCAACUAAGAUGCUAGAGGAGGUCAACAGAAUCCUCAAGGAGAAUGGUGUCUACAUUCUGAUCACUUAUGGAGAUCCAAGUUACCGAUUGCGUCUCCUGAAGGACAUGCAACAUUGGGCAGUAAAGCUUCAUGUCAUAGAUAGAUGGGAAAGAAGUUCCAAUCAGAAUAAAUGGGAACUGACAAAACCGUUGCCUCUAGAUGAUGAUAGCACAUCAGUAGUUGCACUUCUUGGCCCGAAACCUGAUGUUCACUAUAUCUAUGUCUGUGUAAAGAGUAACAAUGGUGCAAGGGCGGAUUCUAAAGUUGAAGAAGCCAUCACUUGAUUUCACCAUAUAACCGUUUGAACCCUAGUGCAUAAUCAAUGUAGCGAAUAAUGUAUAAGUAUAACAGAUAUUGUACCUCUAAUUGUUGUUGCUUCAUGAAUUCAUUUCAUGCUCAGUGAAGUUGUGUUAGAUGUUUCUUUUUAGAUCAGUUGAAUUAGAUAUUUUCA